AUGGCAUUAUUAGAAACAACUUAGAGUAACGUACUAAGAAGAGAAAAUAUAAAAGUUGCUAUCAGAGUGAGACCUACUCUGCCCUUUGAACAACACAAGAAAGAGGUUGUUUAUUAUCCCUAAUUCUAGGAAGGAGUCUUAGAGACCAUAAAAAUUGAAGAUGGUUUACAUUUGAUCGAGAGCAAAUAUGACAAAGUGUUCAGAUAAAAUUCAUAUUAAACAGAAGUCUUCGAAUUUGUGAGAGAAAGCAUCGAGGGUAUAUUAAGCGGAUAUAAUGCAACUAUUUUCGCUUACGGCUAAACAGGUUCAGGAAAAACUUACACAAUGUUUGGUCCUCAUUGGGAAGAUUAGAACCUCGGAUAUCAAAAUACAAUGGGGCCAUACAAUGGUUCAAAUUUCCACUAAGACUAAUAAAAAUUUGGAUUAAUACCAAAUGCAAUAGAACAUGUCUUUGAAAAUCUUGAAAUAUUGCAAUAAUCAGGCGAAUAAUCAUACACAGCAUAUUGUUCAUUUAUGCAGAUUUACAACGAGAAGCUUUUUGAUUUGUUUUAGGAAAAAGAUCAAUAGAAGCCACUAGUUAUCAGAGAAGAUAAAUAUUCAGGAAUAUUCGUUGAAGGUUAAAGUGAAUAUGUAGUUAGAAACGCCCAAGAAUGCUUCAUUCUAUUAAGAAGAGGAGAGAAAAAUAGAUUUACUAGACAAACGAAAGGAAAUAUUCAUUCAAGUAGAUCUCAUACCAUAUUCUAAUUACUUAUUGAGUCAAAUGAGCCAGACCAUAACGGAAAAAUUCUGAGAGGAAAACUCAAUCUAUGUGAUUUAGCUGGUAGUGAGAAGAUUGGUAAAGAGGAGAAUAUGGACUCUUAGCAUCUACUAGAAUUAAAGACUAUCAAUUUAAGUUUAAGCUCUUUAGGAAAAGUUAUAUCUGCUCUUGCACAAGGGAAAAAAUCUUAGCAUAUACCAUAUAGAGAUUCAAAACUAACUAGACUACUAUAGGACUCACUUGGAGGGAAUACUAUAACAACUCUGAUUGCAGCGGUUUCUCCAUUAGUUGAUUGUGCAGAGGAAACUAUAUCUACUUUAAAAUUUGCGGAUAGAGCAAAACAAAUUCUAGUUAAAAUAUAGGCAAAUGAGAUGAAUGCUGCUGACGAUGCAAGAAUUACUUAAUUGCAGAAAGAAGUUUAAUACCUUAAGGAUAUAUUGAAUAUGAAAAGAAAAGGAGGAGCUAAUGAAUUAACAACAUAGCUUCUCCAAUUAAAAGAGGAAAAUAGUAAACUAAAAUAGAUGGCUGGAUAAGUUGGAGAAGUUGAAAGAUUGAAGCAUGAAAACAAAAUAAUGAAAAUUGAACUUCAAAGGCUUAAAGUGCCUAGUAUGACUGAUGGAUUCUAACAAUAAAAAUAAAUUACAAACAUUUCACAUUAAUAGAGGAGUAUGCCUCAAUCAUAGUAGCUCGCAUUGAUCUAAUCAGUUGAUUUUAAAAGUGAAGAGGGUGAUUAAGCUGAACAAGACCUUGCAAGAAUAGACAAGAAUAAUCCAUCAUUUUUCAUGACUGAAACUGAUUAUUUUCCAAUAAACUAAAUGGAUUAAUCACGAAUGAAUCAAAAUUAGAUUCUUAAUUAACCUACCUAGGAUAGAUUUGCAAAUAACUCAUUUAUUAAAAAGCAAGCCUCUCCAAUGAAAUAAUAGAAUCUUUCUCUUCAUGACCCACAUUCACUCAUUAUAAAACCAUAAUCAAUUAUCGAUACUCCAUUGAGUUCUCUUGGAGGAGCUGGAUAGGAUAUUUUGAGUACUCAUAGUGCUAUUACAAAUAGUUAAUUUAGAACUGGCUAAUUCAGUCACCAAACUUCAAAUUCUAUGGAAAGUUCAAAUAUGACAUAGCUAUCAGUUUAGUAAAUUGCAGAUAAGCUAGAAAAUCAAAGAAUUUAAGAGCUAAAAUCUGCUGCUCUAGGUAUGAAAGGUACUCUAGUCAAUAAUGGUAGAUGCCCAAAGUGUACAUUGAAGCCUCCUUGCAAGCAUUAUGAGAAAAUCGAAGAUUUGCCUAAUAUUGUUGAAGUCCAACCAUCAUUAGCAAAGAAACAACCUAAUAUGCCUCCACUCUAUCCAAAUAAAGAUACUCACACUAAUUUGCUUCUUGCAAACUAGCCCCCAAUCUAAAAAUAGCGAAAUGACAGUGAAGCAACUAGAUUUACAACAUCAUCUUCAACCUAUGUCAAUCAGUUAUCAUCUAAUUCUAAUAGCACUCCAUCAAACAAUACUUUCCAGAAUAGUGGAGCUUAAAUGAUCCUAAAUUAAAAUAACAAUAUUACUUAAAACAGUAAUAGAACAAGCUAAUUCAGUUAUACUGAGGGUUCAACUUAAGGAGUUAAUCAGAGGGUAUUAAAAGAGUUGCAAACUUUUAAUUUCACUCCAUAGUAAUAAUUGAUUUCUAACCCCUCUUUUACAACAACUGGCACCAAUAAAUCACCAUUUGGUACAUAAAGCAAUAAAUCAGCUGUAAUUGAAAGUUAAAUUCUUACUCAGAAUGGAUUAAAUCUAACUCAAACACCAGUAUAAUAAAAGAAUAUUGAGGAUUACAAGAAUUAUUAGCAGAUGAGUAGUAAUGGUAAAACACCCUAGCAAUCUGUUAGUUAUAAUGCAACAUUUUAUAGCAAUAAUAGUAAUCCUACUAGAGGUAGAGAUUUAAGUCUUAAUAAUAAUGCUCAUCAAAUUAUGCAAAGCAACACUUAGCAAAACUUUUUGUCAGAAAAUAGGAUAUAAUAACAAAACCCAAACGACAAUAGAAGUCGCACAAAUUUAGAUUAGAGAAAGCAUUCCUAGCAAUAGAAGCAAUCAAAUUUUUUUAGAUUAAAUAAACAUGCCCUUUAUCCAGCACCAAUGUAAUAGGACUAGAUCUAAGUUAGAAUUAGAGGUAAAAACAAUUUAAUUGAGACAAAAACUGGAUCAGUAACUAGAACACUAAAUGAAAUUUAAGAGUAAGAAUAGCAUAAGAAAGAUAUUUAAAAGACCACAGAGAGAUUAAAAGUUUUAGAAAAACUAGAAAAAUACAGAGAGGAAAAGUUGAAAAAAGAAAUAGAGUAGUAUGAAGAGUAGAAAAAGAAGGAGGAGGAUGAGUUUCUAAAACUUAGAGAUCAAGAAGCUAAGCGAGUAAAGUAUCUUGAAAAACAAAGAGGCAAGCUAGAUUAACUAAGAAUGAAAAAGAUGGAAGAUGAAUUAAGCAAGUAAAAGGAUCUAGAUAAAAUGAAAGAAAAGGAAAGGAUGAGAAGGAAAAUGAAAGAGUAAGAAUAGGAAAUACAAAAGAAGAAGAUAUAAGAAUAUCAUUAUAAAAAGCGCUAAACAGAAGAGUUACUAGCUAAUGCUAACUAUGUAGAUUUUGAAGAUGUAUAGAAUGAUGAGGAUCUGUAUUUGAAUAUAUAAAGCUCAAAGAAUCAUGGGAAAAGAGAUGAAUUAGAGGGAUAUGUUGAGGAACUUAGCAUGAAUCAGGGAAGAAAAUAAAGAGCUCCACCUGCAGUGCAAUGA